ACCUUCAUUAUAAGGAGAAGAAGAAGUACUGUUGUUAGCCUGCUAUGCUAACAGCCAACAGAACAUGAUGCUACUCGGCUAAAUGCUUUCGGAUCAAGUCUUCUACUACACACGUGGUUUUGUUGCGUUUAUAACAAUUGUCGGCAGAAGUAAAGCAAGUCGCCAUCUUCCGUAUUCGGUCUUCGCUGCGUUCUCGGAGAAGUUAGUUGGCUAAAGCGUUUGAAUGGAAAUGUCUACAAUCCAGAGUUUAAGACAGUUUAUCAACGAGAGGUUACAAACUGCUGCUGAAGACAUAUUAGGAUGUUUUGAAGCGACUGUCGCAAAGUACGAGGAUGAGAUCGGUCGUCAGCGCAGACUGCUGGAUGUAACUUUGAAACCUGUAGUAAAGCUGCAGAGAAUAGAGCUCCCACAGCGACAUGUGUGUAUCAAGGAAGAGUUUCCUGCUGACCUGCUGGAGAGGAACCCCAGUCCAGACCAAGAGGAGCCAGAACCUCCACAGAUUAAGGAGCAACAGGAGGAGCACUGCAGCGAGCUCCCAGAGCAACAUUUUCUGAAUGAGGAAGAGUUUCCUGCUGUCCAGCAGCUCUGGAGCCUUGAGAGGAACCCCAGUCUGGACCAAGAGGAGCCAGAUCCUCCACAUAUUAAAGAGGAGGAGGAGAUUUGCAUCAGUCUGGAAGUAGAGCAGCUUGUACUGAAGCAGGAGGAUCAAGAUAACCUUUUGUUGAAUCCUACUUUCAAGGAAAGUGACCACAGUGAACCAGAACCAAGUGACCACCAGCUCCUCUCCCACAGCUCAGCUCAGAGCCAAGAUCUCAAAGGAGGCCAGCAUGGAAACUCAACAUCAGUUAGUAAUGCAGAGCAGGCAUCAGAAAAGGGACAUCAUGUCAUCACAAGAGCAAAAGAAAGCAAAAGUCCCAGUAACCUUGCAUGUAGCACUACCAUAUCAAAGAUUAUUCCGAAUAUCUGCAAGAGUAAAAAGGUUUUCCAGUGUGACACAUGUGGAAAAGUCUUUAAGUGGAAAUCACGAUUAAAUAGACAUCUGAAGGUGCACACAGGUGAGAAACCAUAUCUUUGCAAAACCUGUGGAAAGAGAUUUUGUUACAAGUCAGCACUAAAAACACAUUUGACAGUCCACACAGGGGAGAAACAGCAUUCUUGCGAAAUGUGUGAAAAAAGUUUCACAACUAGCACAAGUUUGAAGAUCCACGAGAGAACACACACGGGCGAGAGACCUUUUCCUUGCAAAACUUGUGGUAGAAGUUUUACAUCUAAAUACACCCUGCAGGUCCACGAGAGAACACACACAGGCGAGAUACCUUUUCCUUGCAAAACCUGUGGGAGAAGUUUUACAACUAGAAUGAAUCUGCAGGGCCACGAGAGAAUACACACGGGCGAAACCUUUUCUUGCAAAACUUGUGGGAAAAGUUUUACGCGUGUAAAUUACCUGCAGGUCCACGAGAGAACACACACGGGCGAGAAACCUUUUUCUUGCAAAACUUGUGGGAUAAGUUUUAGUAUGAGAAAUACCCUGCAGAGACACGAGAGAACGCACACGGGCGAGAAACCUUUUUCUUGCAAAACUUGUGGGAAAAGUUUUUGCAAAUUACCUGCAUGUCCACAGAGAACACACACGGCAGAAACCUUUUCUUGCAAAACUUGUGGGAAAAGUUUUAGAUCUAAAUACACCCUGCAGAGACACGAGAGAACGCACACGGGCCAGAAACCUUUUUCUUGCAAAACUUGUGGGAAAAGUUUUACAACUAGAAAUUCCUGAAGAUACACGAGAGAACUCGGCGAGAAACCUUUUUCUUGCAAAACUUGUUGA